CCCACGUCCUUGUGCUCCGGCACCUCCUCUCUCUGUCUGCCACUUGAGCGACCACUGUUGAAGCCUCUCCUCUCUCCCAGGCACCAUGGCCACCUGCAGCCGCCAGUUCACGUCCACCUCCAUGAAGGGCUCCUGUGGCAUCGGAGGCAGCAUCGGAGGCAGCAUCGGAGGCGGCAUCGGCGGCUCCAGCCGUGUCUCCUCCAUCCUGGCCCCCAGCACCUACGGGGGGCUGUCGGUCUCUUCCUCCCGCUUCUCCUCCGGGGGAGCCUGCGGGCUGGUGGGCGGCUAUGCUGGCAGCUUUAGCAGCGGCAGCAGCUUCGGUGGAGGAUACGGUGGUGCCCUUGGUGUCAACUUUGGAGGUGGCUUUGGUGGUGGCGAUGGUGGCCUCCUUGCUGGCAGCGAGAAGGUGACCAUGCAGAACCUCAACGACCGCCUGGCCUCCUACCUGGACAAGGUGCGCGCCCUGGAGGAGGCCAACACCGACCUGGAGGUGAAGAUCCGCGACUGGUACCAGAGGCAGCGGCCGGCUGAGACUAAAGACUACAGCCCCUACUUCAAGACCAUUGAGGACCUGAGGAACAAGAUCCUCACGGCCACCGUGGACAACGCCAACGUCCUGCUGCAGAUUGACAACGCCCGCCUGGCCGCGGAUGACUUCCGCACCAAGUACGAGACAGAGCUGAACCUGCGCAUGAGCGUGGAGGCCGACAUCAACGGGCUGCGCAGGGUGCUGGACGAGCUGACCCUGGCCAGGGCCGACCUGGAGAUGCAGAUCGAGGGCCUGAAGGAGGAGCUGGCCUACCUGAAGAAGAACCACGAGGAGGAGAUGCUGGCCCUGCGUGGCCAGACUGGCGGGGACGUCAAUGUGGAGAUGGACGCAGCCCCCGGAGUGGACCUGAGCCGAAUCCUGAACGAGAUGCGCGACCAGUACGAGAAGAUGGCGGAGAAGAACCGCAGGGAGGCCGAGGACUGGUUCUUCAGCAAGACGGAGGAGCUGAACCGUGAGGUGGCCACCAAUACCGAGGCCCUGCAGAGCGGUAGGACUGAGAUCUCCGAGCUGCGCCGCUCCGUGCAGAACCUGGAGAUCGAGCUGCAGUCCCAGCUCAGCAUGAAAGCAUCCCUGGAGAACAGCCUGGAGGAGACCAAAGGCCGCUACUGCCUGCAGCUGUCGCAGAUCCAGGACAUGAUCGGCAGCGUGGAGGAGCAGCUGGCCCAGCUGCGCUGCGAGAUGGAGCAGCAGAACCAGGAGUACAAGAUCCUGCUGGACGUGAAGACGCGGCUGGAGCAGGAGAUUGCCACCUACCGCCGCCUGCUGGAGGGCGAGGACGCCCACCUCUCCUCAGCCCAGUUCUCCUCCGGCUCCCAGUCAUCCAGAGAUGUGACCUCCUCCAGCCGCCAGAUCCGCACCAAGGUGAUGGACGUGCACGACGGGAAGGUGGUGUCCUCCCACGAGCAGGUCCUGCGUACCAAGAACUAGGGCUGCUCGGCACCGCGCAGGCUCAGGAGGGCCCUGGUGUGGACCCACCUCUCCCCGCAAGACGCCCUGCCCGGCCUCCCACGAGCUUCAGGCCCCGCUUUACCCUUGCUCCCUCCUGGCAGUCAAUAAAGCUUCUUUAUCUGAGUUGCACAA